CUAUUUUUCGGACAGAUUAGUAGAAGUUCCCGCUCCCAGACACCCACUUUAGUGGGGAGAGGGUUCUGCGGGACCUCCGACGCUGUUAGUUUGAAGAGUGCAAAAGUACAAGUGCGUUCUACCCGUCAUACUUUCCUCGGUCCAUUGAUGCUCGAUUGCAUUCGGCUGCUUCAAAUGACACUUGCGAGUCCUCCUUUCUCAGUACAUUCUGCGAUCCCCUCAACUCACGAAGAUCUGCCAUCAUCUUGGACCUCUGAUACCAGGAUCCGUGUCUCAUUUCAAUUGCUCCGCUGUGAUUAUCAGGGCUCAGAGGCGCACGCCAUCUUCAAAGCACACACCCACAACAACAAGGCCCCUGCCAAGCUUCGUACCUUCGAUUUCGUCGAACGCAAUGGCUACGUCCGGGGUAUCGUCAAAGAAAUCAUCCACCACCCUGGCCGUGCACCUCUCGCACGCGUCGUAUUCCGUGGCCCCUACCGCUAUAAGCUCCCCAAGGAGACUUUCAUAGCCACCGAGGGCAUGCACACCGACUCAUUCAUAUACUACAGAAAAAAGGCUAACGUUACCAUCGGUAACGUCCUUCCCGGGGAUGAAGCAGGCAGAAAGAUGGAAGGAAAGGAGGGUGAUAAUAAGCAGAGGGAGCUCAAGGAGAAGACAGCAUCAUACUUACGGCAGUGUGCAUCGUUUCACAGUUGUACUCGUUGUCACCCACACGCUCGCAUUCGCAUUCACACUCGUGCCCUCGCUUUGUUUCUUUCAGCACCACACCAUGAACACCUAUGCGCCCUCAUUCUUGCACCGUUCAAGUCAUCAGCUGUCGUGGCCUCGCCAGGGCUUGAAAUAGCGCACAGCACCAGUGAGAGGAGUGGGAAUCAAGAUGGAGCCGAGGGGGUGGGGAUUGGGAUGCGAAGGUCACCGGCGUUUGAGUCACAGAGGCCCACGACGUUUGAUUCCCAGGCAGUAUUUGAGCCUCAGCCAAGGCAGACGAAUUUGGAGACGCAAAUGAGACUGGCAUUCAAGUCUCAGCCAAGACCUACAGUUCUCGACUUGCAAGCAAGACCCACGCUAUUCAAGGCUCAGGCAAGAUCUACGAUGCUCGAAUCACAGGCAAGACCGCCUGUGAUGUGGAAAGGCCCAGCAAGAUCUACAGGGUCCAUUUCGCAGUCCCAGUCUCAGGGAUCUCAAAGGGUUGCAGUAGGUAGAGUGAUGGGCAAGGAAGAUGUCGUUUGGGAGCUUCGUCGAAUCAACGCCAGUACCUGGCACUCACUCGUUUUUCUGUCACUCGCCGUCCUCGUCCGUCGAGCGCCCGUUACAACCUUCACAUCUGCAUUCACCUCCGCACCCGGACCUCAUGCACUCGUCUCAGUACACUCUGGAAGCAGCGUGAUGGAUGUAGACGCGGCCUUGGGAGGAUGUAGAAGGCAUGCUCAUGUUCCUCUCGCAUCUGCACCGGAGUCAGGAGCGGUACAAAUUCCUGUAAUGGCCAUGACAGCGGCUGUGGCACAGGAUCAAGACCGAUCGAUGACCGAAGCGGAUAGGGAGCUUAAUAGGACCAAGAGGGCGCUUACGACUAUGGCGGCUGCUGCUGCGUUGGGUGGGAAUGGAGCUGGAGGGGGUGAAGGGAAUGUCUGAAGAUGAAUGUUGUGCAUGUCACACUAAAGGAUACCUACCACGACACUGGACAACUCAACUAUUAAACAUAUUACUGAGAAUGUUACUAAGAAAAUCCCGAAACCAUUCGAGUCAUCGCCGUAACCGCUCCAAAAAGUGGCCAACGCGGCCACCACAC